AUGUCUGAUUCAUUUGGUAGUACCUUUCACUCUUCCACUCCAAACAUCAGCCCCCAUGCAGCCCCCAAAAUCUCCACAUUGUGCUCAAUAGCCCAACCGUAUUGUAUUUGCACCCAGUGUAACCACGUCCUCGCCUUCAACCACCAUGUUGGUAAUGUAGCAGAGGAAGGGACAAAUAACGCAGGGUCCCAUGUCUCCCAGCAAAGCACAAGGUGGAGUCCAACGCCAGUUCAGUUACUCGUCCUUGAGGAGUUGUAUAGGCAAGGAACUAAAACACCAUCAGCUGAACAAAUUCAACAAAUAGCUUCACAGUUGCGCCAGUUUGGGAAGAUUGAAGGGAAGAACGUGUUCUACUGGUUCCAGAAUCACAAGGCGAGAGAGAGACAGAAGAGGCGUCGCAGGGAGAUGGAGGAAAAUAAUGCUGCUUCUUCUAGUGAAGGGUUGAAAGAGACAGGUUGUGGAGUUAAAGAGACAAAGAAGUGGGCAUCCACUUCAAACUGCAGUGGACAUGCAGAGGAAUCUGCUGCACUGGAUAUAGCAGAAAAGGGAUCUAAUGGGUGGACUCAGUUUGAGGAGAGAGGCAUACAAGUUUUGAGGAGAAACAUAGCAGAAAGGCAAGCUAAGUUGCAAUUGCAAGAUAAUGUGGAAAUGCCUUGUUUCCCUCCCACGACUAUGGCAGCUCUUGCAACUUCACACAGAACACUUAACACGCAACUUUUAAUCCCUCAAAGUUAUAACGGAGAAUGUUUAAGCUACUAUGAUGGAGAAAAUGCAGAUCCUCGAACCCUCAACCUAUUUCCACAUAAGAGGGAUGACCAAGAUAGCAUUUGUCUUGCUGAGAGGAAAUCUAUGUUCUGUGCCAGUGCUUCCAUGGACACGGAUAUCACCUCCAACCAGUUUUUUGAGUUUCUUCCUUUAAGAAACUGA